CCGCCACCAUUUUUGAAAGCAAAGACAGAAAUCGUAUAGGUUAAAGAAGACGUGGAAAAAGUUUUUAUUUGUUCAGAAUUUUUUUGUAUAUCUACGGUUGUACAUUUAUUAAAAUGAGCAAUACCGCAGUAUUAAAAGACAAUACUUCAUUAGUUAAUCAGAAUGGGACAAGUUCUCAAGAUGUAGUUAAGCCUCGGCCACAAAGAGUUGUUUCUGAGAAAAUAUCAGCUGAUAAAGAAAAUAAAAAUGCUGCAUCACCUGCUGAUGAAUGUAAAAAGAGCUGGUCUCUUGCAGAUUUUGAUAUUGGAAAACCGCUAGGUAGAGGAAAAUUUGGUAGUGUGUACUUGGCACGAGAGAAAAGAAGUAAAUUCAUCGUUGCUCUGAAGGUGUUAUUUAAAUCUCAACUAAUGAAAUCAUGUGUUGAGCAUCAGCUGCGUCGUGAAAUUGAGAUUCAGUCUCACUUAAAGCACACUCACAUAUUAAGGUUGUAUGGAUAUUUUUACGAUUCAAAAAGAGUAUUCCUGAUAUUAGAAUUUGCACCUCAAGGUGAACUAUAUAAACAAUUAACAAAAGUUGGUCGCUUUGAAGAAGAGCGUGCUGCCACUUACAUCUCUCAACUCGCGUCUGCAUUGGAAUAUUGCCACUCUAAAAAAGUUAUACACCGUGAUAUUAAACCAGAAAAUUUACUCCUUGGCAUGAAGGGAGAACUAAAAAUCUCUGAUUUUGGUUGGUCUGUGCAUGCUCCAUCAUCAAGACGUACAACACUUUGUGGGACAUUGGAUUACCUUCCACCAGAGAUGAUCGAAGGAAAGAUGCACGACGAAAAAGUGGACUUGUGGAGUAUCGGUGUGUUAUGUUACGAAUUUUUAGUUGGAAAGCCUCCAUUCGAGACUGAAAGUCAUGACGAAACUUAUAAGCUAAUUUCCCAGGUAAAAUAUUCAUGUCCUUCUCACAUGAGCAGUGGAGCAAAAGAUUUGAUAUCCAAGUUACUACGUCACAAACCGGAAGAUAGAUUAGCUUUAACAGACAUACUACAACAUGAGUGGAUUCAAAAGAAUUCUACCAUGUUUAAACAUAAACGAGGACAGAGCUCAAGCAGUUAUGGUAAACCCGGGAAAGUUUAGACGAUGCACGAAGAACGGUUUUCAGCGUUUUGCAAUGCAGAUUUCUGGACUUUUAUAUUGACCCUGAUGGAAGUUGGGUGGAAGAAAGAAUGUCAACUUUAUUUAACGAUAAGAUUUCUCUCUACUCACAACUAUCUUAUAAAUUAUUCAUUUUUGUUGGACUGUCCGCUUGAUUGUAGUCAUGUCACUUUUUUUUCCAAAGUCAUCCAAUGAUCCUCGUAUCCUUUUCUGACAGUGAAAAAAUGACUUGACGUUAUUGAUGCUUUGUAUUUUUUCUGGCAUGUUUUAUGUAAAUAUUUUGUUAUUAGAAAUGUUUUUACACGGA